UCAGUGUCCAGCAGCUUCUGCUAAUUCUCUUAUCCGCUGGCUACUGGGCCGCACUUAAACAGGCCAUGCGUAAUGGGCCUACGGCCCACUAAGGAUCCCCUCUCCGUCUCCGAGGACAACCCAGCUGACCAAACGGCGGCGCCGGCACGGACACUUCUUCUUCCUCCCCAAGAAGAAGCGCAGCACAUCUCAAAUAGCAGAGCACGCCGCCCGUGAGACUCCCAAGAAACUUGUUUUCCCCACCGAAUCCAAAUCUUGCGCGAGAAAUUCUGCAAUGGCGUCGGCGGCGUCUGAAAUCGAUCCAGCCUUGGAGCCCCAAGUCGUCGACGUCGUCGUCGACGACGAGUCGUCUAGCGCGAAAGGCAGCGAAGAGGAGGCGCCCCCGGAGGGCGCGAAGGUCGAAACGGAGGCGGACGAGGGGGAGUGCGAGUUCUGCCUGUACAUGAAAGGCGGGGCCUGCAAGGAGGCGUUCGUGUCGUGGGACGACUGCGUGCAGGCGGCGCAGAAGGAGGACUCCGACAUGGUCGAGCGCUGCUCCGAGGCCACCGUCAACCUCAUGAAGUGCAUGGAAGCCAACGUCGACUACUACGGCAUACUGCUCCAGGCCGAGCAGCACGUCCCCGACCACGCCGAAGCCGCCACCGCCGACGCGGACAAGAACAAGGGAGAGGAAUCCGCGCCCUCCCCAGCCACUGAUGAGACGAAGAAGGAAGAAGCAGUUGUCGAGUCCGCCGCCUCCGGUGCUGAUGCCAAGGAGGAGGUGGUUGAGCAAGCUGCUUCCUCCACGGCCGAUGAGGAGUCCAAGAAAGAAGAAGCAGCUGUGGAGAAGGUCAAGUCCUUGUCUUUGGGUAACUAACAAUUGGUGGGUAAAUUUUUUAGCUCGUGGUAUUUUUUGCGUUCAGUUUGAGUUAUGAUCGGACAGAGGUCCAUGAGGCUAAUUUGUAUCCCCUUGAGGGGAAAUAAAGGUCGUUCUUCGAAUAAUUGUCGGACAUGACACACAGUUUACUGAAGUAUUUCUUAAUGCUUUUUUAUGAAAGGUUACAUACUCAUCG